AUAAGGGUCGAAUUCACACAUUUUUAACGAGAUUGAAAUUAUUUCAUAUUUAAGGAUAAUACUGAAAAUUAUGAAAUUUGUCGUCAGGGAAUGGGCAGAACUUAUCUCAGAUCCUAUUUCCAUGGGAGAACAGGAUCAACGAAUCUUUGAGCAUGCUGAUUUGCCCGCAGUAAUUGAUAAGUUGUCGGUGACAUUACGAUUGAAAAUCCGGAGCCAUUCUACUGAUUGGGCUACUAUUCUUCAUAAAGGUACUGGACAUCCAGUCCGUACUCCCGGACUCUGGUUGGCAGCCCAUAAAUCUACGUUGUGUCCUCAAUUCACAGGCAACUGGCAAAAUUGUGUAGCGCUGGAUAUAAAUGAGGGGCUUUUGUUAAACAGAUGGUACCACUUGGCUUAUACACUUUCUGACCCUGAGAAGAGAUUGGAUUUCUACUUAGAUGGUGAAUGGGUUGGAUUCAAUAGCAUUAAAAACGUUAAAACACAGAAAGUUGUUUUUAAUGAUGCACCGCUGCAUAUCGGACGUGCUUUCACUCAUAUCGGGUUUAAUGGCGAAAUUAGCAAUGUUCGUUAUUUCAAUUGGCGAUUAUCUGCUGAAGAAGUGAAGGAAGAUUUUUUCAAUGAAUUUCAGAAAAAGCCAAUUGUAUAUGGAUCAAAAAUCGCUAUUGUGCAUGUAUCUACUGGAAAAUAUUUAUCUACUAAAGGAAUCAAAUAUGAUUUGGGCCGAGAUGACCAGCAAUUUAUGGUUAUUUGCAAUGAUCGAGAAAUAGAUUUGAAAAAUGAUGUUUGGACAAUUACUAGAGCUAAAGGUACAAGAGUAAUAUUGGGAGACCCUGUAUCUCUUGACACUAUUGUUGUACUUGAACAUCAAGCAACAGGAUUAAAUUUACAUUCUCAUGAUACUAGUCAUGAAAAAUUUACUCCAAUAUCAAAACACCAGCAAGUGACUUUAUGUGGAAUUGGAAAUACUGAUGAUAAAUGGCGUAUUCAACGGUUUAAUCAUGAUUCUGGUCAUUUAAUGAAUGGUGAUAUCAUCAGUCUUUUUCAUGUUAAUACCAAUAAACCACUUUACAGCCAUACCAUCUUAUUAGGUGACGGGUCACAAGAAGUUUCUUGUCAUGGAGAUGGAAGUGAAACCAAUAAUAAGUGGCGUAUUGAAUUAAUUGGAUGAUUCUAAAUUGCGUAAAUGAGUUUAUUUAUUGAGACAAUAAAUAAAUAAAUAAACUACAGUAUUAAGAUUCUUUUGUUAUAAAUUUACUUGCAUAUUUUAAAUAUUCUCUAAAUGAGAAAGGAUU